AUGGCCACCCGCCCCUCCCCCGGCUCCGCGCGCAUUGCGGAGCUGAAGCGCGCGGAAGCUGACAUCCACCGCGAGCUCGAGCGCCUGCAGGGCGAAGAGCACGCGCGCCAGGCCGGCCGCGAGCCGCCACCCGGCCGCGAGUCGGUGGCCGCCGCAGCCGCAAGGGGCGAGCAGGGCGGCGAGGCGGCGGGCGAGGGCGGCGAGAUGCCGUCGCCGGAGGUGGUGCUGGACCUGGUGUGGAAGCUGCCGCUGCAGGCCACGGGGCGGCGACCCCCCAGCAGGGCCCGCGGGGGUCAGGCGUACGAGAGCAAGGUGUUCCGGGCGGGCAGCGCCGCAGAGAAGAUGGCGCGGCUGGAGGUGCGCAUCCUGGGGGAACAGGCGGCCGCGCUGGGUAGCCUUGAGGCGGAGGCCCGGUACCGCGAGGCGGUGGCCCACGUGGCGUGGCUGGAGAAGGCGGCGUGCAUCACCGCGGUGGGCGAAGAGCUGGACUGCCACGACAAGGCCGCCGCCAUGGCCAAGGACGCCACGCGCCGCAAGCAGCACGCCUUCCGCCAGGCGCGCAAGAGGUUCGAGGAGGAAAUGGCUGCGGCGUUCCGCGAGCGCGACGCAAUUAUCGAGCAGGCCAAGGAGAAGGUGCGCAAGUGGAAGGCCGCAGCAGCUUCCGGCCCACCGCGGCGGCCCGAGCCGCAGCGCCCGUCGAAACAAGUGACCGAGCUCAAGUGGAAAAGCGCCCGGGCAGAAGGAACCCGCGAAGGGGGCGACAAGGAGACUGAGGGUCCGCUGGUGAGAGCGAGAGAGCGCGCCGAAGAGAUGAAAGGGGGCGGGGGUGACGAAAUAAAACAAGAAGAACGGAAGAAGGGAGAAAGAGAAGAGGAGGAGGAGAGCAGAAAGGAAGAGGAGAGGAGACCCCAGGAAGCCCGCCCAAGCGAUUUCGGUGGCAAAGCUUCCCGUGAGCCCCCGCGCGAGCCUCCCCCGCCCUUCGACGAGCCGACCGAGCCUGAGUCGUUCGAGGACGCGCGCGGCUCCCUGGAGCGCGAGCAGUCGCCCGGGGUGGUGGCCGCCAUCGCGGGCGCGACCGCGGCGGCCGCGGAGGCGGUGUACGAGGUGACGGCGGACACGGUGACGGCGCCGGUGCGCGUGGUGGAGGAACUGGUGGCGCACCCGGUGCAGACCGUCAAGGAGGUCGUCACCGCGCCGGUGGCAAUCGUGGAGGACCAGCUCGUGGCGCCGCUCAUCGGCAGGCGCGCCGACCAGGCGGGGGCAGAGGGCGAGGAACGGCCGCGCGGCGGCGUGCAGGAGCGCGUGCACGACUACGAGCAGCGCACCGCGGACCGCGCGCCAGGCGGCCGCCCCGCAGCCGGGCGCCCCAGCUCCCCCGGGCGCAGGUCGGGGGACUCGUCGCCGGAGGCGUGGGAGGUGAUUGAAAAGAACGGCCCCGCGGAGAAGGGUGACGGGGGCGAGGGGCCGCCGAGCAGGGGCCGGGAGAGGCGCCCCGCGGAGGGCAACGCCGGGGAGCGCGCGCAGGGGUCGCGGCCAUUCGCGUGGGGGAGGAAGGAGGAGGCAGCGGAGGCGGCGGCGCAAAGAAGCGGGCAGACAGGGGAAGGAAGUGAGAAGCCGGCGGCGCCGUGA